AUGUCAUCCUCUGGUGAUACUACAGGUGUAACGCCUCUCGCAGAGCUGCUCUUUCGCAAAAGUGAGGAAUGUCAGAAAGAGGUUCUCCUUAAGGUGAUUGACUCUCUGAUAUGUUCGAUCUGUCAGGAUUACAUGUACGUCCCGAUGAUGAUACAGUGUGGUCAUAACUACUGCUAUGGCUGCUUGUCGGCGUGGUUCAACAGCAAUCCGGAAGAAGAACUCAGCUGUCCCCAUUGCAGAGGAAAUGUGGUUAACAUGCCCUGUUUGAAUAGCGCACUACAGCAAUUACUGCAGACCGUUAUAGAGGCUUCUUCAGCUGGGAAGGGGGAUAAAAUAGACGACAGCAAGCUCAAGAAGGUGUUGGAUGCCAAGAAAUUAUGUGAAGACGAGUACAGAAAGGACUUUAAAGGCGACCAGCUGUUCAGAGGCGUUUUUCGGAACACUGCUGUUGGUAUUGCAGAUGAGGAAGACGAUGGAAUACUUAGGUGCAGCAAUUGCCACUGGGAGCUCGAGGACGAUGAAGAUGAUGUCUGCCCGCACUGCAACCUGAGAAUCAGGAGCAGAGCUAGACCAGCUCGCGCAUCUCCCUCCGAAAGCGAGGAGGAAUACGACGCAGCGCUGGAAGAACAUCUGGAGAGUCAAUAUCCAUACCUUGAUGGCAGUUGGUUUGAGGAGACUGGUCGGGCUGCUUACAGCUAUGCCGCGACUAUUGCUUCGCUUGUACGCGGCCGUACUGCUGACGAACUGUUGGAGAGGUGCUACAACUCGGAGCCUUCACCUAUCUAUAGGGACCCGCACUUCCCGCUUGUGUUUGUAUCUUUCUCGCUUGCUGACGGGACUGUCGUCCACUUUCCAUCAUACAUCCUUUACCUGUCCCUAGUGAAUCCCAGAAAGGGCGAAAGGGAAGCCAGAGCUAUUUCCAUUCUCGAAAGACUGCAAAAUGUUGAGCUUUCGCAGCGAGAAGGCGCAAUAGAUGACCUGCUUUCGCACUAUUCGGACUUUAUUAGGGAACACGUCGUGUCUCCGGCGCCCUUCCAGCGUGAAGUUCGCAAAUAUGGCGCCUUAGCAACCAAGUAUGAGACGCUAGUACGCGAAGAGUUGGAGAAAAGCCCCAGCGAAGACUACUCAUCGCCCAGCGCCUUGUCGCCGAGCGGCUUGGAUGAAUACAACUACCCAUUCCUUGUCGAAAGAAAGACGACGAAGGGCGAAAGGCUGGUCUUCCCGUCGUUCUCAAUCUUUGUCAGAGCUGACCCAGAGCUGACAGAGAAUGAAAGAAACCGGGCUCUACCGCUUGCGCGCCGCUUGGAACAAGCCGUUAUUAACCGUGGCGAUUUCUCCCAGAUGGCUCGUACCACCUCGCAGGACGAAGAGUAUGAUUCAGUUAAUGAUUUCAUAGCCAGCGAUGAUGACGGCGUCACUGACGGCAUCGCGGACCUACGAACAGGCAGCGGCUCGAGCGAAGGCUCAACCGGCGAAGGUCCAGACAGCGAAGAUCCAGACAGCGACUACUUCGAACACAACGAGGGCGACGGGUACGUUUCCGGCGACAGCCUGGACGAUGGUGAUCACGCCGUCCGCACAAGACCCGAGUUCAGCGACCAGGACUCCGGACAAGAACAAGACGAACAAGACAACGACGAGGAAGACGACGAUGAGUCUAGCAGAGUGCGCAUUCCUCGCAAGAGGAACCGCGCCAUCGUCGACAUCAGCGACGAUGAUUCUGCUUAA